GGUCAUAGGUGACAUUAGUUAUUCUGACUCCAAUUUCUACGGGUCGAGGAGCAUUUGUGUUGAAUAUGGGUGGAUUUUCAUAACAAUAGAGCGUAGAGGCGGGCCUCGAGGGGGAAGGAGACGUGAAAUUGUGCCUGGGAGUGACCUCUCGUAGUCCCCGGGACAGUUUGGGCCCCACCUAGGUAACAUUCCGGCGUUCACACGGCCAUAAGCAGGCACGGAUCACAGGUGGUGUUUGUGUUUGCUUACGUGCAGGUGUGUCCGUUACUCAAGUACGUAAACAGAUAUAGCGGAACUAAAUUACUUUUAGAGAAGUGUGGAAUCGAAUUUCACAAAAUUUACGAGGUCACCCUUGGUCGAGAGCCCCCUUACGGUGCCCGGACCACAGUAUCCUGAUACUGGACAACAUUCAAACCAGACGAUACAAACGAUACGCAAGCUGAGAAGAUGUACAACGAGGAGCUGAAAAUCUACCACAGUAGCUACAUCCGCAACGCACGAGCCAUCGGCGUGUUGUGGGCCAUCUUUACGAUAUGUUUUGGGAUCAUAAACCUUGUAGUGUUCAUACAGCCAUUCUGGAUAGGUGACUCCAAGGACACACCGAUGACCGGUCACUUCGGCCUGUACCGGUACUGUCUGGGCAGGGGCCUGACCCAGACCCUACAGUGUGAGGGGCGGCUAGAUGACUUCACCACCAUUCCCAGUGACGCUUUCAAGGCAGCCACCUUCUUUGUGGGGUUCAGCUUCCUGAUGAUCCUCAUCUGCAUCAUCUGUAUGUUACUCUUCUUCUGUGUGCACGCAGAGAAGGUCUACAAGAUCUGUAUGUGGCUGCAAAUUGUUUCUGCCCUGUGCAUGUUCCUGGCCUGUGUGAUCUACCCUGCUGGUUGGGACAACUCGCUAGUCGCUGGUCUGUGUGCCAACGGCGCCGAGAAGUACCAACAGGGGGAGUGCACCAUCCGCUGGGCCUACAUCCUCGCCAUUAUCGGUAUCUUCGACGCAGCGAUCCUCGCCGCCCUCGCCUUCUUCCUGGCCGACCGACAGGAGAAGCUGGCCUUCGCCUCGCACGGACUCAUCAACGGAGGGCCCGCCGGCUAUGGAAUGGGUGACCGUGCCGCCUCCAUCUCUGGACGUUCCAUCGGAUCGAAGCGUUCCUUCCAGCCCGCUCCCCUGGCUCCUGAACCCACCGAGGCCUACAACUACCACGCUGAGCCCAUGCCGCUGGACCGCCGCACCUACCAGUCCAAACGGCGCGGCUCUGGUGCAGGUUCACAGAUCAGCAGCAGUGGAGCUUUUUAUCUGUAAUGCCUAACAUCUAUGCACUAACGGUCACCCUUCAUAUGUGAUUCCUUUAAAAACAACCACUGUGUAGUACUGUAUGUAUUGUACUGGCAGUUGUACAAGUAUAUAGUAUUUAGUGGGGAUGAACAGCCAUUGUUACAUCCGAAUAGAAAAUUUUUGCUUUUCCCCAUUGUUUUGUUGUAUGUAAACUUGUAGUUUUGUUGCAUUACUUGUAUACUAGAUAAUACAUGUUCUUCAGUAUUUCUACAGUAUUCUACAGUAUUUCUACUUCUACAGUAUUCUACAGUAUUUCUACUUCUACAGUAUUCUACAGUAUUUGUAGAGAGAUAAAAAAAUUAUACAACUCACCUUUAUUACAAAAAGAGUUAUAAUAGUACUUAUCAAUACAUAAUCUACACCAAGUAUCUCUUACCCACUUUAAUCAAAGCUUGGUGGCAAACUUACUGUCAGCAAAAGCAUUAACUGGUGAUUGGGACCAAAUACAAAUAAAUACAGUUAAACUUAAAGACAAGUUUUGUAACUUUAAACGUUUCAAU